GGAGACUUGUGAGGUUGAGGUGAUGCCAGCCAACUGGCUCAGCGGGAACAAGUGUUUCUGGCCUCCAAGUAAAUCCAUAGUUGCAUCUCACAAAGCUGCGAGAAAUCGAGAUCAACCCACUUCUCUUUGGAGCCUCUACAAUAUUCGUGUGCUUUAUUCUCAUGAAUCAUAUGAACAUGCCAUGACCAAGCUUCCAGAUGCCACCGAAAUGUCAGAUCUUCAGACUGAAGAGGAGGAUGCAAAUAUUCCAGAAUAUUUGAGAAGAAAAAAUAGAGGCUGCAAAAGAAUCGACACUGAUGAAGAAGCUCCUGCAUGUAGUCCAGCAGCCCGCAAGAAGUCCUACACACAGCUUGUGAAUGCUCCACAGAUCACAGCCCCUGAAGCCAUAUUUGGAGAAAAUUUGGCAUCUUCCUCAGCAGUCACCACGCAUUGGUCCCCUGAAGCUCCUACAUGUUCUCCACCAGCCCGCAAGAAGCCGCACACACAGCUUGUGAAUGCUCCCCACAUCAAAGCCCCUGAAGCCCUAUUAGGAGAAAAAUUGCCAUCUUCCUCUAUCACCACACCUUGGUCCCCUGUGGUCCCCACACCACCUUGGAAUCCGCCUCGGAGGCCCUCAGAUUCCACUGCAGACCUUGUAAGAUCUUUUCAAAGAUGGUGUAGCGAGAAUCGCGUGUGGGUGGAGCACAGAGGACGGCAGGACAGAGAUCAGAUCCCUCCACGAGAACAGCAUUUGGAUCACUCCAUGACACCAGAACAUGGCCGGGUUUCUGUAGAGGCUAUGCCUACGUCCCUUCUGAGGGAGAUUCUUAUCCAGUUGACUGCUAUCCGAGAGCAGCAAAUGCUCAUUUUUGUUCAUCUCCAGUCACACUCCACCGGUCGUCCAGUUUCUGAAGCUCUGCCUGAUGUGUUACACUGUCGACUGCCACUUUCUUCCCAGGAAGACCUUCAGAAUCUGUAGGUCCUCUUGAAGAACCCCGAAGAGAAAAGAAAUUUGACAGUACAUCUGGGAAUUGUGGGGGGAUUGACUGUGAAGGAGACCGUUUGGCGCAUAAUGAAGAGGACAGUAACCACAUCUCUGGUGAAAGGACUGAACUGGAGUGGCGCGAAUGGCAAGCCAGCAUUCAAAAACUUGGCUUUGAAGCUUGUUGUUCUGGGUAAGUUUUAGCUUUGUCACUUAAACAAAUUGGUUUGGAUGUAUGGGCUAUAAAAAUAUGUGAAGUUCUUUGCACUAAAUCACUGUCACAUAAGGGUGAUCUGACCAGUUUUAAUAUAUCCUCUGCAUUAAGUGAUGUACAGUUGCUGACACUGGAGUGAAAGUUGCACAGUUGCACUUCUGCAUGA